GGCACCAACUCGCGCGCGAUUUCGCGAGACCUGUGACGUCGACGCGUGGCCUUUUCACUUCCGGCUGUUUUCAGAGUUGUGGUGAACGGAACAACAUGCCUGCACCAGCGAGUCAGACCAAUGUCGGGGCCCGGGCCCCCUCUAGCAAGGCCGUCACACCUCGUGCAGGGGGAGGCAGCCAGCUCAGACAAAGGAAAACCCCAUCUUCAGCCUCCAGAGGCCAGGCCAGGGCUACAGGCAACACUGCAGGGAUGUGGCGGUUCUACACAGAAGACUCUCCUGGCCUCAAAGUUGGCCCUGUCCCCGUUCUCGUGAUGAGCCUGCUGUUCAUCGCCUCAGUCUUCAUGCUGCACAUCUGGGGCAAGUACACAAGAGGGUAGGGGGCGCCGCUGCACAGUCUACCAACUCUUCAUCAAGACGGCCACCAAUCAUCAUAGAGAAUCACCAGAAAGAAACCUUUUAGUCCCCUGUAUUGUAACAUUUUUUUAAACUCAAUACUUUGAGAAUGAUGAUGUUACAUCCCCCAUUCAAGUACAAGAAGUCUGUAUGCACUGGAAUUUUGUACUUUUCUUUUCAAGAAGGAAACUUUAUUUCCUUUUGUCCAUAAACAAAGCAUUGUUUUGGGUACAUGAGUGCCAAGAGGAUAAAUUAAGGAUUGUAAACAAGUUAAAAUAAUUAGAUUAAUAGUAGGUAGUACCGGUAGUACAAAACAUGUUAUUUUUGAAGACCAUUCCAAGUUUUAAGUUCCAGCUACCUUACAGUUUGUAUGUAAAUGUCAUGUGUACCUUCUAUGCCUUGAUGUUGAGGUGUUACUAGGAGAAUAACAUGAUGCUUUUCUUUUCUGUUCAACCUGUUUACCUUUCUUUGUAAACAAACUUGAUUGUGAUAUUUUGACAAUAAAUUCUCACAUACCAGUG